AUGACUGCUCUUCGCGUUUUCGUCUUGGGAGCUACAGGCUACAUCGGCUCCACAUUCCUGGACCUCCUUCUCAAGAAGGAAGACACUGCUCGCAGUUACACCUUCCGCGCCCUCGUUCGCUCGCAAGAUAAGGCCGACCAGCUCAUCCGCCCCCAGGGGAUCGAACCCGUUCUGGGCUCGCUCGACGACGUCGCCAUCAUCGAGGACGAGGCCGCCAACGCCGAUAUUGUCAUCAACCUUGCCGAUGCCGACCAUCUCACCUCUGUCCAGGCUAUUAUCCGUGGUCUUUCCCGGCGCCCUCGUUCGGAGGAGGGCCGUCGCCGUCCGAUUUUGAUCCAUACCAGUGGUACUGGUGUCUUGCUGGAUGGUGCUAAUGGCCAGUUUGCGAGUAACACGAUCUAUUACGACAACGAUGUAGCUCAACUCAACACUCUCGAGAUCUCGCAGCUCCAUCGUGUAGUUGAUGUCGAAAUCAUCAACCCAGCCUUGGUGGGAGUCAUCGACACCUAUAUCGUCGCACCUCCCACUAUCUGGGGCUUCGGGACCGGCCGCGGAAACAACAACUCGAUCCAGAUCCCUGCACUGGUCGCCAACUCGCUCAAGCACGGACAAGCGAUGCAGAUCGGAAAGGGCCUCAACAUCUGGUCCAAGGUCCAUGUCAUCGACCUUGCCCACUUCUACAUCUCCCUCCUCGAACGUGCCGUCCAAGAGCCUCAGGAUGCCGAUGAGGGCUACCCGCUCGGAUACCCUCUUCCUAAGAACGAGGACGCCUACUAUUUCGUCCAGGAGGGAGACGAUUUCGCCUAUGGGGAUGUCGCCAAGGAAGUCGCCAAGGUCUUCCAGAGGAUUGGGAUCAACGAUUCGGGUACCGUGAACGGAACUGCUCCCGAGGAGGAGACGACGUACUGGCCUGAGGGCAGUAAUGUGUUGUUGGGAGGAAACUCGAGGUCAAGGGCUGUCAAGGCCACGGAGAUCCUUGGAUGGGAGCCCAAGUACACGGACUUUAUUGGGUACAUUGAUGAGGAGAUUCAUCGCCAGAAGAAUCUCUUGGACAGCAAGAAGCCUUAG